AUGUCCGCCCUUCCCAAGCGUAUUCUCAAGGAGACCGAACGGCUCAUGUCCGACUCCCCACCCGGAAUCUCGGCCGCACCAAAGGAUGACAACUUGAGGCAUUUCGACGUUUCCGUCUCGGGACCUGGACAAUCGCCAUAUGAGGGUGGUAUCUUCAAGCUGGAGCUCUUUUUGCCUGAAGAAUAUCCUAUGAACCCGCCAAAAGUCCGGUUCCUAACAAAGAUCUAUCACCCCAACAUCGAUAAGCUAGGCCGUAUCUGUCUCGAUAUCCUCAAAGACAAGUGGUCCCCGGCGCUUCAGAUCCGUACCGUCCUCCUCUCCAUCCAAGCCCUACUGGGCGCUCCUAACCCCGACGACCCGCUUGCCAACGACGUCGCGCAGCACUGGAAGGAGAAUGAGAAGGCGGCGAUUGAGCAAGCGAGGGAAUGGACCAGGAUGUACGCUCAGUAG